CAUCUGAUGUCACUGCCGCACCUGCGCAGCCAUCUUGUACUUCUCCUGCGGCCAGAGAGGAAGGAAGAAAAGCAAGGAUAAAUCAACCGUGCUGUUAUUCAGUAUAGUAAUGUGUGGUAAGUAAAAAGAGCUGACAGAAAGGCAGUGUGCAGCGUGACAGCAGCGGAGGGUAAACAGAGACACAGCAGCGUUCGCCACAGUGCCUCAGAAUUACAGACGGAGGAAUCAUCUGUUAUCUAGGAGUCAAAAGAGGAAGGAAAAGUGUCCGUCAGAUUUCCACCUUUAAAAAAAUACACACCGGCCUUCACCCACCAUGAAUCCUGAAUAUGACUACCUGUUCAAACUGCUUCUCAUUGGUGACUCUGGAGUGGGCAAAUCGUGUCUCCUGUUGAGAUUUGCAGAUGACACGUACACAGAGAGCUACAUCAGCACCAUCGGAGUGGACUUCAAGAUCCGCACCAUUGAACUGGAUGGCAAAACUAUUAAGCUUCAGAUUUGGGAUACCGCUGGACAGGAAAGGUUUCGCACCAUCACUUCCAGUUACUACAGAGGAGCCCAUGGCAUCAUUGUGGUAUAUGAUGUCACUGAUCAGGAAUCUUACAACAAUGUAAAGCAGUGGCUGCAGGAGAUUGAUCGCUAUGCCAGUGAGAAUGUCAACAAGCUGCUGGUUGGGAACAAGUGCGACCUCACCACCAAGAAAGUAGUGGACUACACAACAGCCAAAGAAUUUGCUGAUUCUCUUGCCAUCCCUUUCCUUGAAACGAGCGCUAAGAAUGCCACCAAUGUGGAGCAGGCCUUCAUGACCAUGGCUGCCGAGAUCAAGAAACGCAUGGGACCGGGAGCUACGGCUGGAGGAGACAAGCCCAACCUGAAGAUUGAAAGCACUCCAGUUCGACAGUCUGGUGGUGGCUGCUGUUGAAGAGCCUCUCUCUCGCACAUACACACACAAAAACAUGCCCUCUCUGCCCUCACAUACACACACACUUGCAUACAUCUAGGAGCAUAAGAACAGAAGGUGAAGAUGUUCUAACAUUCUCAUGGGAGUAACCACUGCGUUCGAAGCCAAAGCUUGAGGUUUAACUUUGGCUUCCUUGCAUGGAGUUUUGUAGCUUCCUCUAUGAGAUCCUGGUCCUCUCCUUGCUUUUAUACUCCUAGACUCACACCUUAUCUCUCUCAACCUUUGUCUUCUCAGACCUUGAUCUAUUCUUCUACUUUAUUCUCACCUGCCUUCAAUUUCCACCCAUAACCCCAAUCCUCUACAGACACAGUGAUUUCUGGGUCCCUAGAAAGCUACCUGUCCUAUGACCGACAGGUGCAAAUUCAGAAUAGAAAAGUAAUUGGCUUUUGGAGGACAUCCUAUUUAUUAUAUGCACAGUUGAGGGACGCGAGUGAGGAGGGAAUGUUACGUAACUAUGUUUGUCAUGAGGUCUCUCCCCAGUUUUGCAUUCACAGAUCCCACACACAAACCCUCGUACACUUGUGGAAGUUUCUUUGGAUGUUGAGUGUAUAAAGAAUGAAAAACAAAAAAUUUGGCAAUAUUAUAUAUUUCAUAUUCUGAUCUUACUAGGAUUAUUAUUAAUUUUAAGACUUAUUGUAGGUUUUUUCCUAAUCAUUAUUAUUAUAUAAAAGCUUACUGCUGUCAAAUGAAGGUGUUUGGCGGGGAGGGGGUGGAAAGCUUGAUGUCUGGGGUUUAGGCUGGAUGACUAAAGCUACUGUUCCCUGUUACCUCAUUUAGCUCCUCCCCUGUCAUUUGUUUUCAGUGUAUUCAGGAGCAGGACAUAAAAAAUGUUAAAUCCAUACUGGAACUGAAAAGCCUAGUGGUGGCACAAUUUUCUCUUCUGUAUUUUAAGUGAAAGUCAGUUGUUGUCCUUCGUCACUGGAUGCUUGGUGCAGUAAGGCAGUGGUAUACGUAAAAUUCAUGCAAGUUUUUUGCAGAGCAGUUUGUUUUUGGAUUGCAAGUUGAGCUUUUGGUUUUUUUAUUAAGUUUUCCUGGUGUCAUGGCUUUCACAUAUUCCACUCUGUGUAAGCUAUUCUGUCUUUUGUCAAAAUUACUGUAGUUUUUGGGUUUCUUUUUGUGCAAGAUGUCUUAGGUUUGACGUGUGCUUUGACAUCUUAGCGUUUUGACGAGCUGGUCCUUUAAAGAAUCUGUAUAGGCAUUGCGCAUGGUCCACUGUAACAACUCUGUGUUUGACACAACCCAUCAUCCCUACAAAACUGUGUGGUUUAGAAAUGUCUUUGUAUGUGUACAUAAAGUGUAAACAUACAUGUAGAGGGAUUUAAUUUGAAAUGUCCCAUGAAGGUGUGUUAAUCUGUGCGUCGUAUCAAGAUGGAGGAUGAUGGGACUGACUGGUCUUGGCAUAGAGACCGGAUAUGACCUCCCAUAUCCUCCAAAAAGCAAAGUGCAACACUCAUGUUUAAGUCCAUUUUUGCAUUAGGCCUGAAAUAAUCCUUAAAGUAAUCUACAGGACCUUCCUCUAUUUGGUCCAGACCAGUACAAAAAUCUUGUCUCAAAAAAAUGCAUUUUUGGCAGUAUGAGGGUUAUAUAUAGGUCAUCAGAUUAAAGCCCCUCUACUCUCUACUACUCAGUGUGAUUUCAACUGCAGAUAACAUAACAAUAUCCCUUUACUGAAUAUUUUAGGUUCAGAGCCCAUGAGUAGUCACAGCCUCUGGUGGACAGCAGACAGUGUUUUUGUCAUAUAGAAAGUGGAUCUAGAAAAAAAACAUAGAUGCAGAUUGUAGAGUUCACUGUUUAAGUGUUGACCUGUCUUAAAUGAGUGCACCAGUGUCUUUCAUACUGUAAUAUUAGAUUACUAAUAAACUGAGCCAUUUAAAACUACUUUUAAUGCCACUUCAGCCAUUGCUAACCUCAGAAUAACAACUGUUUUGGGAGAUUAAAGACAAUGUUUAGUGAGUGACGGGACUGGUGGAAUGGGGGUGGAGGGAGCAGUAGCAGGUUGGUGGGGGGUGUACAGGAUGGGGUUGGGUUUACUGUAUUUAGGAACAUUCCUUCUAUUUCAAUUACAUGUGAUGUCUGGGAAAAAAAAAAAAAAAAAAAUCUAUGUCUCACUUCAGACCUGUACUCCAUCACACAUUAAAUCUGAGUGCACCCUGUUUCCGACAUGUUCAGAAUGUGUUUUUUUUUUCCCCCAUGAGGCUUGCUGUUCUACUGAUUUUAACCUAUGAAUUGAGCUAUUACAUUGUGAUGCUGUGUGUCUGAUUAAUGGAUAUGGGCCUAGGGGCAAUAUUGUAGAGGGGUGGGACAUUAUUAAAAAUGGGGAGGGCUACUUCUGAAUGUGAUGGAAUUUUGCCGCGUGCUUUUUUUGUUUGGCUUUUACUUUUUAACUUUGUUUAUUGUUCUCUCUCUGUCAUUUGCACAUCUCUAUGUUGCUUUGGGUGAGGCAUGAUGAAGGCACGGGCGACGGUUGUAGCGAGCACCAGGCCGGUAGUUCUUCCCCUCUCCCUCUGCUUGCUCACUCUGGUGCUCUCUUUCAUAGCUCAGUUUGAUCAUGUUUUUCUUCUUUCUGUACAUAUUAUUAUAAAUAUAUAUAAUAAAAAGGAUCAAUGUCUUAA